UAACUAAGUGGAAAUGAAAAUUUUAUUGAAAAAUAUGAUUAAAUUGCUUAUUUUAUUAGUUGGGUUAGGUUUACAGGUUUCGUGUGAAAAUCCAAUCGUCGAUUUACCCAAUGGACAAAUUAGAGGCCGCCAAGUAUCAGCACCAGCUGUAGAGAAUUUCAAAUAUUAUGCUUUUCUGGGAAUCCCAUAUGCAGCGCCACCUGUUGGAAAACUGCGAUUUCAGGCACCUCAACCACACAGCAAUUGGACGGGAGUUUUUGAAGCCACUGAUAACUCGAAGAUCUGUAUUCAAGUGGGACUGAAACAUGCCCAUGCUUCAGAAGAUUGUUUGUAUCUCAACGUUUAUUCUCCAGAAUUGUCACCUUCCCAGAAGUUACCAGUCUUGGUCUUUAUACACGGAGGAACUUUCAGACGGGGUAGUGCAUUUGCAGGCUACAAGGCACCAGCAUUUUUAGUCAAAGAGGGCAUUAUUGUUGUCACUAUAAAUUACAGACUAGGACCGUUUGGUUUCUUGACUAGUCAGGAUAACGCAAUGCCCGGCAAUUACGGAUUAAAGGAUCAACAUUUUGCUUUAAAAUGGGUACAGCAAAAUAUCCACUUAUUUGGUGGUGAUCCAGACCAGGUCACUAUUUCAGGUCAAAGUGCGGGAGCAGCUUCUGUCGCCUUUCAUAUUAUGAACCUAAAAUCAGAAGGACUAUUUAGAGCUGCCAUAGCCCAUAGUGGUUCUGCACUCAACAAUUGGGCCUAUCAACAUAAUGGAAGAGAUAUAGCAUAUGGUAUUGCUGCAGAAAUAGAUUCUAAUUUUACAAGAGACAGAACCACCGAUGAACUACUAGAAUUUUUAACAAAUGUUCCUGCUUCUGAUAUCGAAAAGACAGCGGAUAAAUUUAGCGCUUUCGCUCCUGCAAUAGAAGUUCCUAACGAUGACUCAGUAUUUGCUAAUCUGAUUUACGAUGCUGCUACAUUGAAAUAUUUUAAUAAGGUUCCCCUUUUGAUCGGAAUUAAUUCGGAAGAAGCUGUAUUUAAAGCUAAAGAUCUACAUUCAUUGAAAAAAGAAGCCGCAGGAGUUGAUAAAGAUCCAAGUAAAUUAGUUACAUUUGAAGUCUUACCAUACAACGAUUCAAUGCAGUCACUUGUGGGCAAUAAAAUUAAAAACCUUUACGUGGAAGAACAAACUUUCGAAGAAAAUCUUGGAAAAUAUUUACAGUAUUUUGGAGACAACAGGUAUAUGAGACCCGUAAUUAAAUUCGCUGAACUGAUUUCCACAGCUGCUAGCGUAUAUUUCUACCAGUUUUCGUAUAGUGGAAAAUUGGGAGGCAACGAUGUUUCUUAUCCAGGUAUUGGAAAGGUUGCACAUGGUGAAGAUUUGAAUUAUUUGUGGGUUUACCACGAUGACUACACAAGUUUUCCAGAUUCUGAUCUUGUUACAUUAAAGAGAUAUGUGCAAAUAGUGGCAAAUUUUGUUAAAAAUCUAGAACCUUCAAUUUCCGAUGAAACCAUAAACUGGCCAUUAGUACAAUCUGGAUCUAUUUCUUACCUGGAUAUUGACGAAAAAUUAUCUAUUAAGAAAAAUCCGAGAGAGUUUUCGUACUCAAAAUGGGAAGAUAUUUUCAGCAAUUAUGCAAGAACUCCGUAUCUAAGUUACUAGUAGAAUAGAAUAAUUUGUAUUUUAAAAUUACCUCCAUAUUUGUCAAAUAUGUAUAAAAAUCACUUUAUAAAAAUAAACAAAUGCAUGUUUUAUUA